AUGGCUGCCGCUUCCGUGUCCGUCCCCAGCAUCAAGCUGGGCUCGCAGGGGCUAGAGGUCUCCGCGCAGGGCCUCGGCUGCUUGGGCAUCCCUUCUUCUACGGCGCUUCAAGGCGGGGGGCGGGAGAUGGUCGAGCUGGCCACCAAGUUUGUCGUCUCCUUCGCCGACGGCAAGUGGGAGAUCCGCGGUGACCCAGCAUACGUGCACGCGGCGUGCGAGGGCAGUCUCAAGCGGCUCGACAUCGACUGCAUCGACCUCUACUACCAGCACCGCAUUGACAAGAAGGGCCUCGGCUGCUUGGGCAUGCCCUUCUUCUAUGGUCCGCCCAAGCCCGAGCCCGACAUGAUCAAGCUCAUCCACCACGCUGUCGCCGCCGGGGUCACCCUCCUCGACACCGCCGACAUGUACGGCCCACACACUAACGAGAUCCUACUGGGCAAGGCGCUUCAAGGCGGGGUGCGGGAGAAGGUCGAGCUGGCCACCAAGUUUGCCGUCUCCUUCGCCGACGGCAAGUGGGAGAUCCGCGGUGACCCAGCAUACGUGCACGCGGCGUGCGAGGGCAGCCUCAAGCGGCUCGGCAUCGACUGCAUCGACCUCUACUACCAGCACCGCAUUGACAAGAAGGUGCCGAUCGUGCAGUGUACCUUCCCCGCUUGA